AUGGUCGAUUACUUCAGUGCGGGCUCUGACGCGCUCAACUUUCCUAAUACUCUCACAAACAUUAUAUCAACUGUCCAGAAAAUCUCAACCCAACGCCGAUCAGGCAAACAGAAAUGUGCCGAGCUAUUGGUGGAUGCAUUUACUCUGCAGGAUAUGAUCGACAACCCUAACGCCUCUGAUGCUGGGUUGCAGGAGAAAAAGCUAGAGGAUCUCAUUGUUAGGAUCAAGGAUUGCUUGGUGAGAUUCUCCAAGGAAGACUGGCUCGAUGAUGCGGUCGAAGCCAUGUUCAAAAAUGAUUAUUCGCAACUACGAAACGAGUAUCUGAAAAUAGAAGGCAGGUAUAUUUUGAGGGCGAUAAAUCACAUCGAAAAUAGCCUUGGCCAGACAGUAUCACUCUGGCAUAAGAUGCUGGAGACAGCAAAGCAUUCCACGCCAGUUCACAGUCUCACUCGCAUCACCAUGGACGUCUCUGCUCUAAAUUGGAAAGAGUCGAUUGGAAGAGGGGAGGUCGCGGGAUAUGGCGAUGUAGAAUGUCGCAAACUUGAGACCGGCCUCUCAAGUCAACGGGCUUUGAAUCUAUACCAAGACCUACAAAAUGGAGCGCAUAUCCAGAAGAUCCACGGCAUUGUGGAGAUAAACGAUCAAGACUAUGUCAUUUUGCAGGACUGUUCCAUCUUGACAACACUCAAGACCUGGCGCAGCGAUUCCAGCCGAGUACUCACCCUCCGGGACCGAGUGCACAUCGCAUACGACGUGGCUCAAUCUGUCGCUUGGCUUCAUGGAGGCGGGCUCCUUGUCAAGUAUCUGACUGAAUCUUCCAUUCAUCUCAGGAGCGAUGGAAAUUCACGUCAGCACCCGGUUCUGACCCAGCUUCACUAUACACGUUGUCUUUACGAGAAAACAAAUAGUGUCCGUAUAGAUCACAGAUAUGAGGCUCAAGAGAUCCUUGCACAGCUUCUUGAGAAAAACGGAUCUAUACCACAUUCCCACGAAACUGAUAUCUGGAGCCUGGGGACUAUUGUUUGGCAGAUACUCACAGACGGGACUCCAUACCUGAUCGAGGAGCCCAUUUAUUUUCAUAAUCCCGAACAAGACGCGGCAACAUUAAAACGACGCUUGGACAUCUAUCCCUUUCCAGGGGACUUCCCUGUUGAAUUUCCCUCGCCGCUUGUCGACAUUGUUCAGAGCUGUUGGAAGCCGCUAGAUCAGGGCCGACCAUCUGCCAUGACGGUAGCAAGUUCUCUGCUUCGAGCACUUGUUCUUCUUGAUAAGGUUGUGUUUUCCUCUGUGAGAGACUGUGUUGGCGAAUCUGUGAGAAUCGCAAAUCCUCGGGAUUUAGAAAUUGCUCGAUCUACCGCCUGGCAGUUGAUUCAGGAGGCGAGAAAGAGUUCCAAGAUCCAAGAUCAGCAAGUUAGUCAACUGAGCAACCACCAUACCUCCAUCCUUCUUCAUCAAUCCGAGCAUCCGGAACACCCAGAGUGUGCUUUUCUCGUCGGGUCUCUGAUUUGGUGGGACCUUAUCAACGUCUGGUUAGUGAACGACUCGACAGUACCUCGUUCUGAUCUGGGAUUUGAUGGUCGACGAGCAGAGCUUGCUCUUAAGUACCUGCUCUCAGCAAGUGAUAGAGGGUAUAUGCAGGCUAACUUUGAAAUCACCCGAGCAUAUGCAGCUCUUUGCCAUGAUUACAAUGCGCGAACCAAGAUUGUGCGUAAUACAUAA